GUAGCCGUGUGCGGUACCAGAAUGACGUAACGUGGAGUGGUGAGCGGGGCCGCGGGCGCUGGGUGGAGGCAGUGGCGGUGACGUGGCUUUGGGGAAACGUGGCACUGGCUUAGCGUGGUGGUUCUUGACUUGACUUGUAUAGGUGCUAAGAAUAUUCUCGUAUAUUAGAAAAUGAAAGUAAACCUAACGUAAGGGACUGAAGCUAGAGAUGACAGUAGGAAGACAAAAGUAAAAAAAAAAAAAGCAGGAAUUAAAAUAAGGAUAAUAAGAAAAUAUAAAUAAAAAAGUGCAGAUAUAUGGUGGAAAAAGAAAAUCCGAGGAAGAAAAGUGAAGGAGAAAAUAAAAGGCGAAGAAAUAACAUACACUCGUUAAUUAAAGGUUAGGAGAAGCGUAAUUAACAAAACAGAGGAGCAAAGUAAGCAAAAGUGAGGAAAACUGAAGGGUGAAUUAAAAGUGCGUCUAUUUAAGUUUCAAGGAAGGGAACAAAUAAAUUGACACAGAAAAAGAAAGACGACGCGGACGAGGAGGAGGAAGAGGAAGAAGAAAGAAGGGUUUCAUAUCACAUGAUUAUUCGAGCAAAACGUCACUGCCUUGUUACGUUCACGUCGCACCUGGGCAGUGACGAGAAGACGUGAUGCGGGUUCCCACUGAUCUAACGUGACGUGUGGACGUGUGAGGGCGUGGCGGGGUGUAGUUAAGUGUAUGUGCACCACAGCCACCGUCACCACCGUCACAGGCAGACAUGUGUACCAGCGACGACUCCGUGGCGACCAUAUCCAUGACCAAGCCGGUCAGAAAGGGCUUCCUCACCAGAUACAAAAAGCGGUUCAUCGGCUCCAACUGGCGCGAGGAGUGGGUGGUGCUGCACGAGGACUCGGCGCUGGAGUGGUACAAGGGACAUGACGAGGAGGAACUGCUGGGGGCCAUCAUGCUCAAGGAUGCCCCGGAGAUGAUAGCAGCAGGGCCUUUCGCUUCCUACGUGCCCGGGCGGCCUGAUCUGCCCCGGGGGACGGACCCCAACACGCUGGUAGUGUUUGGGAACAAGACCAAGGACAAGAUGCACUGGUUCAUUGCUAAGAACGGUGACGACCUUAACCAAUGGAUGACUGCCAUUAGUAACACGCUUCCCCCGCCCCCUAACCCCCCACAAGCUGCAGGAGGCGGGGAGAACCAGAAGGGAGAGCCCCCUCCUUACUCGCCCUCGGCACCUCCUUCCCAACCGUCCAAUAAUCCAGCGGGAGGAGGAGGAGGAGGAGGAGGAGGAGGAGGAGGCGGAGGAAUGGGAAGAGGCGGCGGCGGCGGCUACCCACAAGCACAAGGAGGUUACAACAGAGGUGGUUAUGGUGGCGGCGGCGGCGGCUAUGGUGGAGGCGUCUAUGGCGGCGGCGGAUAUGGCAGGGGUGGUUAUGGGGGCGGCGGCACCAACACAAUUAUCAUGGACAGACGGGAUAAUGGCGUGGGGGACUUCGCGACGGGCAUGAUGAUGGGCUCCGCAUUAACAGGCUGGGGCAUGGGCGGCUGGGGCUGUGGCUUCGGCUUCGGCGUACCCAUGGGCGUGGGCAUGGGCAUGGGCUUCGGUUUUCGUGGCGGUGGCUUUCAUAAUCAGGAAACUAACAUCACCAACAACUACAACAUCAACAACGUCGAGAACAACAACGCGGCUGACGGAGUGGAUGCGGGCGACGGUGGGGGAGGCGGCGGCGAGGUAGCGAACCCCGAGGCAGAUCCAACAGCGGGUGGUGACUUGGAACCCGACGCCGAGAUGUUGCCUGAGGGGGACGGCAUAGACCCGGGGCUGCUGGACGAGAACGGCGCGGACAUGGCGGGGAUGGAGGACAUGGCCGAGCCGUUUGAGAUGGGCGGAAUGGAUGACGUAGGCGGGGAGUUUGACGUGGGUGAUAUGGACAUGGGAGGAGGUUUCGACAUGGGUGGAUUUGACAUGGGUGGCUUUGACAUGGGAGGUUUUGACAUAGGAUUCUGAGUAUGUUUCUUGACACGCAGACAAGGAAACAUGUUGUUAUGCAUGUAUUUUAAGUACUCUCUCUCUCUCUCUCUCUCUCUCUCUCUCUCUCUCUCUCUCUCUCUCUCUCUCUCUCUCUCUCUCUCUCUCUCUCUCAAUUUAAA